UUUGUUUUGUUUUGUAUAUUAUGUUUCCAAAAAAAUUAAAAAUUAAAUCGCAUGGUAGAGGCUAAAGCGCGAUUAUACCUGGCUUUUAAACCACAUAAUAUUAAAGAUAUCAUAGUAUCUGUAUUCAUAUUUUAAAACUAAUUUAAUCACAUAUCAGGUGAUAGUAUUAAAACUUAGAUAACUGAUAUUGGAAUUUCUUAAUAAUGCACUAAAUUUACAAUAUAGGUAUUAUUGUGUCAUUAUAAUACAAUUUAUAUUUCAUAUUAAAUUACUUUAUUUUAUUCUACCUAUUGUGUUACUUAAAAUAAUACUGAAAUACAACUAUGGUAAACAUGAGGAAAAUAUUAAACAAAAUGGCUGAAAUAAACCUGGACGAAGGACGUCGACAUAUGGAAGUUGAAGGUAAAGAAAAUCGUUCUGUAUUUGUAAGCAACUUAGAUUUUGCUGUGACCGAAAUGGAAGUGAAAGAUUCAUUGUCUUCAGUUGGUCACUGUGAAGUGUUAUUAGUUAGAGAUUUCAAAGGCCGGUCUAAAGGAUUUGGUUAUGUGCUUUUUGAAAAGCCUGAAAUGGUUGCAGAAGCAUUGAAAAAAGAUCGUGAAUCUGUAAAUAAUAGACCAAUGUUUGUAUCUAAAUGUCAACCUGAUAAACAAAGCAGAUCGUCAGGAUUACGAUUUCCUACUGAACUAGAAAAAAACAAAUUGUUUGUUAAAGGUUUACCAUUGACUUGUACAAAAACUGAUUUAGAAAAUAUUUUUAAGCCAUAUGGAGCUUUAAAAGACAUUCGGGUUGUGACAUUUAGAAAUGGUCAUUCAAAAGGAUUAGCUUAUGUAGAUUUUGAGGAUGAGGUAUCAGCUGCUCAAGCAUUGUUAAAAACAGAUAACACAGUAAUUAAAGAUAGAACUAUAUCAGUAGCAUUAAGUCAGCCACCAGAACGUAGAGAACCUUCAGACAUUAAAUCUUACCCUCCUGUUGCUAAAUUUAAAUCACAAGCUACACCUCUUUUAUUAGGGCGUCGUGCAAAACUAUCUUAUACACCAAGUGUAUUGCAGAAAAAGUCUGCGCAAACUGCAUCAACAUCUGCUGAUGAUAAAACUCCACUAAAUAACGAAGACUUCAGAAAAAUGUUACUUGGUAGCAUGUAAUUAGCUAUUGAAUAUUAUUUUUGUUUUAAAAUAGUAAAAUAAUACUUUAUUUUAUAUUUACCUUAUCUUUAUAUAAUUAAAAAUAUUUAAUUUUAAUAUUAAAUCUUAUAAAUAUACUUAAUAAAAAAAAAAAUUAAU